UUGAAGAAAUUUUGACAUUCAUUGAAUAAAUUGAACGAUUCUCGAUUUAAGAUUUAUAGCCGGAAGUAUCGUGGUAAUUAAAUUUCUUUCUAAGUUUCUCGUUCUCAAGAGAACAGCCUUCCGGCCGGGUAAUUGUACGGCAAAGCUAUUGUCAUUAGUCAAUAAAUAUAAUUUUCGUCGCGAUACUCCUAUUUUUACAUUCGAUCUUAAUAGCCUUAAUUAAUCUUCCCGUUGCACCGAUUCGAUCGUUCGAGCGUUCACUCACAAAUGAGAAUCUCUAUAUAUACUCGUUCCUCUCGAGCUGGACAAUUCAGUAUCAUCGAUAACACGAUUCCACGCGAUUCCUACCGAUAUGAAGAUCACUUACAAGAUGGUCGUUGUCUUGGCUUUGGCCAGUAUAGCGAGGCCAAAAUUGAUAUCGAAAAGGGGAAAAAGAAGCGUGGCCGUGGUGGGGCCGUCCGGCUACGACUUUUUUGGGGUGGCGCCAAUCUUCUCUACCGGAUCGUGGCCCUCAACCGGGUUUGGAUCCGCUCCCUGGAACCCUUCGGGGAUACCCGACGUACCUUUGACGCAAGUUCAGGUCCAAGCCACGCACGACGUUGCUAUUCAGGCAUUGAAGGAUCCGGUUGACGGAACCCCUAGCGUCGCCUAUCCACCAGACGUAUUGAAAGCUAUUCAACAGGCUAAGGAGGCGAAUCGGAACGUAAAUUGGGCGCAACAAAAGGUGGCAGAGGCGAAACAGACUACUGUUAUUCAGCAGAAAGUCGCACUUGCUAAGGAGGCUGCCGCGAGGGAGGCUGCAGCGAGAUCGCAAGAAAUUUCGUCAGCUGCCGAGGCCGAGGCAAGAGCAAGCGCAAAACAAUUGGUGGCCCUGCAACAAAGAUUGGCGUCGUUGAAAGAUGCGGUCGCAGCUGCCCAACGAGUGGCCGCUGCGAGGGAAGCAGCUGCGGCCGCCGCCAUUCAGAGGAACGCCGCUGCAACGGCUGCCGAGUUGCAAAAACAGGAUGUCGACAAACAGAUUAGCCAAAGCGAGCAAGAAGCGAAGGAGAAAGAUAUAAUAGCGGCCAAGGAGGACGCCGUCGCGAAUGCCGUGCAACUCGCGGCAUUGCAGAAAUCAUCGCAACAUCACCCUUGGCGUCGAUAAAUUCUUUUUCUUUUUCUUUUUUUUUCUCUCUUUUCAAUCUUCUUCCUCUUUCAAUAACCAUCUCGUUACAUUAACGAAUGUAAUCACGGUGACGGUUUGCUCUUGGAAUCUUUUCUUUACACUUGUUACGCAAAAUAAACGUUGUCUCGUUAUAUAAUAUAAACAAAAUCGAUCGAAAUCGAUUAAUCGUCCAAUCCACCAAACUGGUAAAGAGAAAUGGUGAAAAAUGUGUGCAACGAGCGAAAAACCAUUAUUCCGAAACCCAUUAUCCGUUUAACCUCGUUCGACCUUAUUCAAACGACGAUCUUCCUCCCUCGAGCGAAAGAUUACUUAACAACGUUCGAUCGUGGCACACUUGCAAUCAGAGAUCUGCGACUCUGCGCCAGAUUAGCUAUCGGUCAGCGCUUCCUUUCACGAGAGGUUGCGGUCGAAUCACGGGGAGGUCGGAGGUCGGAGACCCCGAUUUCGAGAUUUCCUGGACCUGGCGUGAGACAAUGGUAUCGGCGACGGUUUGUCGAACGGAAAUGGGAGUGAAAGUGACCAGUGGGGUGAAUUCGUUUCUUUGAUCCGAGUAUCAAAGAAUGCGAGACUUGGUCUAUGAAUGUGUGUCUGGACAAGCCGACACACGACGACUCACGAGAACAACGAUCCGAUUUUUUUCUCUUUCCUUUUUUUCUUUCUUUAAAGUGACGCCGCUCGUCCAAUCUAGGAACAGUAUCGGAAAUUUCCUUUCACCCGCCUCUCUUUCUCCAAUAUCCGUAACACCGCCCCACAUUCUCCCCCCGUCCACUCCACGAAUCAGGAGUAAUUACGUGGGAAGAAAGUACGUUCGAUCAAAGUCACUCUUUCCAGCCUUUGGGCGUCUUCCACGUAUUUGCUCCUUGACCGUUCACCUGGAUAAAAUGCCACCUUUCUGUCACCGAAACGAAACAGAGAGAGAGAGAGACAUGCAUUUCGCGUAAUCAUUUCUGGGAGGGAUGC